UUUGAAAUUUUAAUCGAUUGCUCUGUGUGUGCUUGAGUGUCCGUUCAGGCGAAUUUAAUCGAACACCGAUCUACUCGAGCAGCGCGUCCUUUCGCUACUGUGUCAAAAUGAUUCUCGGUCGGUUAUUACUGCGAACUACAGCUUUAAAUAAGACCGUGAGCAGAAAUGCUUUCACUGCCACCAAGCCGGAUCCUUCCAAACCGAACAUGCUGCGAGUGGGUCUAGCCUUCGGGACCACAGCUCUCCUGUGGGCAAUGCUCUUCAAAACACACUGGAGCGAUGUGCAGGAAUACAAAGCAAGAAACGGACUGGAGUAAUGAGUCGUAACGUAUUUAUUUUUCCUGUGCCAGUGUGCUUCACUGCUUUGGUGUCAUCUAUAGUCAUGUGUAAUAAAGCUGUAUAUGUGUUCAUUA